CCGGCCCGGCAGCGCGGCGCGGUGCGGUGCGGUGCGCCGGCCCCGGGGCUGCGGGCCCCUCGCUCAUGAAAGUUUUGUUUCUCUCCCCGCUUUGCCCCUCUGUCUCCCUCUCUCUUCCCCCCGCCAUGUUAGCUGCGAAAAGGCAAGAUGGAGGGUUGUUUAAGGGCCCACCCUACCCCGGUUAUCCCUUCAUCAUGAUCCCCGACCUGACCAGCCCGUACCUCCCCAAUGGGUCGCUGUCUCCGACUGCAAGAACAUAUCUCCAGAUGAAAUGGCCACUGCUUGAUGUACAGGCAGGGAGCCUUCAGAGUAGACAAGCCCUCAAGGAUGCUAGGUCUCCAUCUCCAGCACACAUUGUUUCUAACAAAGUGCCAGUUGUGCAGCACCCACACCAUGUACACCCUCUUACACCGCUUAUCACAUACAGCAAUGAGCACUUCACACCAGGAAACCCUCCUCCACACUUACCAGCUGACGUAGAUCCAAAAACAGGAAUUCCAAGGCCUCCGCAUCCUCCGGAUAUAUCUCCCUAUUAUCCAUUAUCGCCAGGCACUGUAGGACAAAUCCCCCAUCCGCUAGGAUGGUUAGUACCACAGCAAGGUCAACCAGUUUAUCCAAUCACAACAGGGGGAUUCCGGCAUCCUUACCCAACAGCUCUGACUGUCAAUGCUUCCAUGUCAAGUUUUAGCCUAAAAACCUCUUUUCCAUUUAACCUUCUAUGGGGAAAACUCCAUGAACCGACAACACAACUGCACAGUUUUCUCACGCAUACCAUCCCAAGUAUGCACAGCUUUCUCUCCUCUAGGUUCCCUCCACACAUGGUCCCGCCACAUCAUAGUUUACAUACAACUGGAAUCCCUCAUCCGGCCAUAGUCACGCCAACAGUCAAACAGGAAUCUUCCCAGAGCGAUGUUGGCUCACUCCACAGCUCAAAACAUCAGGACUCCAAAAAAGAAGAGGAGAAAAAGAAGCCACACAUAAAGAAACCUCUUAAUGCAUUUAUGUUGUAUAUGAAGGAAAUGAGAGCAAAAGUUGUAGCAGAAUGCACGUUGAAAGAGAGUGCAGCCAUCAAUCAAAUCCUUGGUCGAAGGUGGCAUGCGUUAUCCAGAGAAGAACAAGCAAAAUACUAUGAGCUAGCAAGAAAGGAACGACAGCUUCAUAUGCAGCUUUACCCGGGCUGGUCCGCACGGGAUAACUAUGUAGGUUCCUAUGGAAAGAAGAAGAAGAGGAAAAGGGAUAAGCAGCCAGGAGAGACCAAUGAACACAGCGAAUGUUUCCUAAAUCCUUGCCUUUCACUUCCUCCGAUUACAGAUGCAAAUACUCCAAAGAAGUGUCGGGCAUUGUUCGGGCUUGACCGACAGAGUUUAUGGUGCAAACCAUGCAGGAGAAAAAAAAAGUGCGUUCGCUACAUACAAGGUGAAGGCAGCUGCGUCAGCCCACCCUCUUCAGAUGGAAGCUUACUAGACUCUCCUCCUUCGUCUCCUAACAUGCUAGCCUCCCCCCCAAGAGACUCAAAGCCACAGACUGAACAAACGCAACCUCUCUCGCUCACAUUGAAACCCGACCCGCUGGCACACCUCUCCCUGAUGCCACCGCCAUCCUCUUUAGUCCUGACCGAAACCGCCGCCAGCAAGCCCAGCGCCCUGUCUGCUACUAAUUGUCAGAACGGGGCAUUGGAUCAUCAGCCUGCCACUUUACAGCCGUCAGCAGCACCCUCCUCAUCGUUAGCACAACCUUCGACAUCCUCUUUGCAUUCCCAUAAUUCGUUGGCCGGGACACAGCCCCAGCCACUGUCACUUGUAACCAAGUCUUUAGAAUAGCUUUAGCCUCUUUAGCCCUUUAUUUUUAAUGUGUUGGGUAUUUUGGAUCAGUUAUUUUGGUUGUUUUGGUGUUUUGUUUUGUUUUUUUCCCCCCUCGGGUUUUUGUUUUUUGUUUAAAUUCGUGCCAUAUGGCUACAUUAGUUGAUGUUUAUCGAGUUCAUUGGUCAAUAUUUGACCCAUCGUUAUUUCAAUUUCUCCUUUUAAAUAUGUAGAUGAGAAAGCCUCAUGAUUCUGCCAAAAUUUUUAUCAACAGCUGUUUAAAGUCUUUGUAGCGUUUAAAAAAAAUAUAUAUAUACAUAACUGUUAUGUAGUUCCAAUAGCUUAGUUUUAAAGACUGAUUUUAAAAAAUAAAAGAGAAGCAAUUUUGAAGCAGCCCUCGCAGAAGGUGUUGGUUCUUUAUUAUUUGUAUUAAAUACGAGCUUGCGAACCAAUCAUUUUACAUCUGGUUUUUAAACCUUUAAGGGCACAAUGAAUGCAGUGCCGCUACUUUUUUUUUCUUUUUCUUCCUCGUGUGAAACAACCUUUAUUGUGAUGUUACUUGUUAUUGUUUAAAUGUACAGAAACAAAGGGUUAAAAAUGUGUUAAUAUACCUUGUUCCAUGGUGUUGUUCUUUUUGGGGGAGGGAAUGCUACACACAAUUAAAAGUAUCACAACGCUAUUGGACCAGUAGUAUUUAUUGCUUUAGAGAUUGCUUGUUGUAUCUGUAUGUUGUCCCUUUUUAAAUGUUUUUUUUCCUUUUUUCCCCCUUGAAACAUUGUAUAAAGUUUUUUUCCCCUUUAGUGUAAGCAUCUUAUAUAUAACAACUCAUUUGUACAAGGUUUUUAAGUUUAUAUAUAAAUGUGUAUAUAUAUAUUUUUUCGGGGGGGAGGGGGGUCUUGUUUUUUGUUUUGUUGUUUUCAUUUCUUUUUUUUUUUCUGUAUGAAACACAGUUGCCACCAAAAGGACAUUUGCAGAUGCAUUUUAAAGGAUCAAUAGUGUAAAGAUAAGUAAAUCAAAAGCCAUUACGCAUACACACACGCAUACACACACACACACAAAGACUUGAAAAUUUAGCAAGGGAAUUUUUAGUAACGUCCAAGCGUCUCGUUCAGAACUGCAGUUGAAUCCCCUGCGACAUUAGGACUGUAGACUGUGUGCAAAAAUUUUUAUGUGCCAAAAUUCUCAGUGACUUCUAACUUUUCUCCCAAUGACUUUUUAUUUUUAUUUUUUUUUAAUGCUGUAAUUUUUUUGUUCAUCAUGUUUUGCUGUGAUGUUACAUAGGUAGAUAUGUAUGUAGUUUUAAUGUCACCUAUAACAGAUGUGUUUGGUAGCAGAUUGUCCGGAAAGCAUUUAAAAUGAAGAGGUGUAAACCCUUAAGGGCCAAAUUCUGUAUAUUAGAAUAUUCAUAAAAGGAAAAUCAGACUGCCACUUUUAUGUACACUUACUACAUACAGGUAGGUAGCAAACUUAAAACAAAAAAAAAAUCCUAGGCAUGUUGAUGUUGCAAAAAACGCUGUAUAAAGCUGAAAAAUUGUUCAUCUGUUCAUUCAGUGCCAUUGUAGUUGACAUGAAGCGAUUGUAAAACUGUCUCAGAUUUUUCUCUGGUUUAUUAAAAUGCUAACUAUAACAUUUUUUGUGAAUACUUUGAAUGUUUCCUAACAGUUGUGAUGUUACUGUUCCGUUUUAUGCUCUUAUUCCGAUUUUUCAUUUUUAAUGGUUUGGAAGCCAUUUUUUGUAAUGAAUAAAUGUUCAUGCUGUACAGUAUCUGUAGCAUGCAGUUCUGGAUUAAUAAAAGCAACUUAGUAUGUGCAG